CAUAGCCGCAGAUCUGUAAGCCGUCGACACGGAAGACAAAGGUUCUAAACAACACCUCGAUAUUGCUGCAGAAGGCGUUGUAGAAAUUUGUUGUCACUCUGUCUUAACUGUAGAAUAUUACAUUUUACUUUGCUUUAACUAUUAUAGCUUGUGAGGUGAACAUAAAAAACAUGGCUGCCGCACUGUUAAUUGUAUUGUAGCUUGUUUGCCUCAAGAACGCCGAGAGUAAACUGUGGCAAGCUCCCGAAAAGCAGACGAAAAUGCCAGCUCGUAAUAUUGUAUCCCACGAUACUCCUAACAGCAAAGUUAGGUACUCCAGGUUAGCCACUGAUGAUGACGGCUACAUUGAUUUACAGUUCAAAAGGAGCCCACCCAAGGUCCCAUACAAAGCGAUCGCCCUCGCCUCAGUGCUCUUUCUAAUCGGCUCUACUUUAAUCAUCAUUGGUGCUCUUCUUUUGGCUGGAUACUUUGGAGUUACUAACUCCGACCGAACGGUGCCUGUGCUGAUCAUCGGCAUCAUCGUUUUCCUGCCUGGGAUUUACCACUUACGGAUAGCUUACUAUGCAUCAAAGGGCUAUCCGGGUUACUCCUAUGAUGACAUCCCAGAUUUUGAUGACUGAACCACACUAAAACCUCAGCGGCAGUCUUACUUCACUUGCAUGCAUUCGUGUAUCGCUUGUACUGAAUUUAAAAUGGCUAGUAACAUCUUAUAGCUUAAUCAUUUUUUGGAAAUCAGUGUUCUUUGUAUAGAUUUUCAUUUCUAGUUAGUUUGUGAAUGUGCUUAUUUUAAUAAAUUACCAAAAUGAUCUUUUAACAAUUCAUUCGCUUAAUGCCCUUUUUAUGAUUCAAGUGGUUUAUCCUUAUAGCAAAUAAUAAUUAACUGAAACCAACCAAAAUUAUUAUUCUCAAAGUUUGAGUGUCAAAUUUCCAGAUUUUAAAAGUAGAAGUGAUUCAUAAUGUUGUACCCAGUGCAAUAGUUUGGCCUGUAAUUUACUUAUGUAUACUUAAGAUCAAGAAAAUAGUUUCCUGCACUAUGAUCCUUACUGUUUAUCAGCUAAAGCCUGCCUACUUUCCAGAUUUGUUUGGGGUUUUUUUCCUUGGAGGAUUUUAUGUGAUUAAUUCUGAUCCUUUGAUCUCCAUAUGGUGCACCUGGUCCCUCUGAUUCAGCAUUAUCAAAUGAGGCACUACUAAAGCAAUUACAAGCCUUUCCCCUUUCUGAUCUCGGCUAUCAACCUAUAAAUAUCCGUGAUUUUGAAGCAACCUGAUGAAAGGCCGACCCCAUUUUGCACAGCAGGACAUCAAAAUCAUGCAAAGAUGUUGCUGGUAAAGGUUUUCCUUCUGUAAUCCCGUCAGAUGCGAGGCUACCUGCUGCUCUCCAGAGGGAUAAUUCAAGGAUGCUUCUCUGCUAUUAAUUGCCACCCCUUGAUCAGUUACCAACCGUACCUGGUAUUAGUCAGAUCGGAUUAUUCUCCGUAAAUCAGCUCAGGAACUUUUUUCCAACUGAAAGGCUGUUUUUUUUUUUUUCUCGUUUUUUUCCCCCAUUGACUACUGUGUUUCUUAGGAAAGCAAUUACCAUAUUGCCUAAUAAAUCAUCUGCACUCCACUGCAUUUUUAUGUGCCGGUUUGUGUUGCAGAUAUAUUACAGUAGUCUAAAAAUCAGCAUAUGACAAAGUCAAGGUGAUCCUAAAUUGAGAAACGCAGAAUUAACAGCAGCCGCAACAUUGAAUUUUAUUUAAUUGAAAAGUUUUUUGCUUGAUUUCUUUGUUUUGUUUUUAAUACAUUUUAAGUUUUUAUAAACCAGACUUAAAAAAUAUUGAGACAACAGGAUGGUAAAGGUUUUAUCGCUUCACAGUGAGGCACUUUUUCCUCAUCAACAUGCAGUAUCAAAGAGAAAGACAUGUCUGAGGUUAUUUAGAAGUUUUUUAUAAAAUGGGUCUAAAGGUGUGCAGCAGCUUCAAGUUAGUAGUGCUGCUGCUUUUUUACUCAAAUAUUUAUCUAUCUAUCAAUCAAUGAAUCGAUCCAUUAUCUUUACCCAUUUCCAUUAUAUAUUUGUGCAAUUAUUACCAUGUCUAUAUUGCUUGGUGUUUAUAAAGUUUUCCAUUAUGGGAAAUAUAGAAAUACUGGAAAAAUGUAUAUCAAUAUGGCAACAUCAGAAUCAUCACAAUUUGUGAAUCCAUUUCUUUGGGUCCCGGAAAAUAAAAUGCUAAAUGACGAUGUGUAUCUAUUUCUCAGUUCUGUAAAUGGUUACAGAGGGAAAAUUAAAGCAUAUAUGCCCGUUGA